AUGACCGCGCACUCGCCGAGCACCGGGACGAGCAAAAAAAGCACCAUGGAUGCUCCUGCUCGUGGCCGUGCCUGGGCUGGGCAGGCCGACAGGGAGGAGCUCAAGAUCGAGGUUGCGUGGACGCGCGUUACCCCAGAGAUGUGCGAGGGAAUUUGCCGCGCCAUCGUGGAUCGUGAGGCGGAGGUCCCUGUGCGCGUCGUCGACCUGAUCGACAACCAACUGGGCCCGGAGCAAACGCAAAAGAUCGCGGCAGUGCUGGAAUCCUCCGCGGUGCGGGAUGUGCUACUGCGGUACAACGAAAUUGGCAAGGAGGGCUGCGACGCCCUGGCAAACGUUGUGAACGUCUCUACCAAGCUGCAGUUGCUUGACAUUCGCGGGAACGCUCUCACAGCUGGGUGUGUGCGCAAACUGCUGAAGUCGAUUUCCAUGUCCACCGCUCUGACUCGAUUGGGGCUAAGCGCAAACAAGAUUGGGCAGGAGGGAGCAGGUCUGCUGCUUCGCGCCCUUGAAAAGAACGCCUACCUCACCUCGCUUGAUCUCUCCCUGAACGAGAUUGGGCCAAGCGGUGCCCAGAGCAUCGCACAGCUCCUCGCACUCCCCGCUUCCCCGUUGAAGACGCUACAGCUGUACGGGAAUCACCUUGGCUGCGCCGGCGUGGUGGCGAUCGCAACGGCCGUGAAGCAGAACAAGUUUUUGAAAGAACUAACUCUAGGCAACAACAACGCCACCGAUGCCGCCACAGAGGCGCUUGCCGAAAUGUUGCGGGAUAACUCCACGCUUGAAUCGCUGGAUCUGCGCUCCAACACGCUGACGGCGGCGGGGGCGCGCAACCUGGCGCGUGACGGGUUGGCGCAUAACACGUUUUUAGCCUCCCUCUCUCUCUCCGACAACCCGAUAGGGAGCGUUGGCGGGGACGAGAUUGCCAAAACGCUCAUCAUGCACCAGGGCGGCGCCUUGACCACCCUUGACCUCAGUUCCUGCGACCUCGGCUCCACGGGUGGGAUGCGCAUAGCCAGCCUCAUUGCCGCCACCAUCACACUGCACGAGGUUAACUUGAGCGACAACAAACUCGACAACGAGGCGGCGGUUGUGCUUUCAAGGAGCAUUGUGAACGGCAUCUCCAUCUCGAUAGUUGACUUGUCUGCAAACGAGAUUGGAGAGUGGGGCGCGAGCAACCUGAUUGACGCCACACAGCUCAACUCCCGUAUAUCUUCCUUGAUACUGCAUGGGAAUCACAUUAACCGCGUUGUUCAAAAGAAGAUAGAUACCUUGCUGGGAGAUCGAAUCUCCAGAAAUCGAGUGCAGGAUCAACAGGCCUCUCUUAUUCGCCCAGAAUAG